UAGUAGAGGAUUAGUACUGACUUUUCUUUUCUGUUUUGUCUUCGUUUCGUUUCUCCUUCCUCCUGAUCCACUCCCCAGUCUUUUCAGGUCGUAUUGGUCAGGCCUCUUUCUGCAAUUGUCCUCAAGAAUCUUCUGCAUGAAGGGCGAUGUUGUCACUCUUGACAAGUACGGCAAAUACCACAGCUACAGGUCGGGCACAUCCUAGGCUGAAGAGCGAGUACGAUCCAAUUUUGAGGACACUCAUGAUGUUUCUUUUGGAGUUUUGGACUACUGCUGUUCCUUUUCCCGAUUCCCUUUGUACUUUACAAGCUUGGGUGACCGUCGAAGUCGGAUCUACCAAAAAGCAAUUCGUCAUCCACCAAGCCCUUCUCACCGCAAAGUCGCAGUACUUCGCGAGAGCUUUGUCUGGAAAUUCCAAGAGGGCAUCACGCGACUCUUUCAACUGCCUGACAUAUCACCGAUCGUCUUCAGGAUCUUUGUUGCUUGGCUGUACUACGGUAGAUUGAUGUACGAUGCACUCGACGAAAACACGAUACAUGAAGAUCUCAAGAGCCUCACGAUCACCAACGAAGAACUCAGUCGGGAGCACACUCUCAAGGACACAACCUCUACCGAAUCCGACUACGACUCCAACUCCGAGGACAGCGACAGCGAUAGCGAAAGCGCUACAACAGGUGCAAGCAACUUUGGAGAAGGCAUUUUUACGACUA